AUGAAGAGGCCAAAACUCGACACAGCUUUUGCAGCUGUAGCUCCUCAAGAUGUUGAACUUGAAGAAUCUGAUGACAUUGAUGUAGUGGAGGUAGAUGUUAAAGUAGAAGGUGAAGAAGAGGAUGUAAAAAAGGAAAGAGAAAGGUGGUCUGAGGUAUGGAAGUUGUUUACUAGACUUCCAAUUAGUAAAGAUGGCAGAGAAAGAGCGGAAUGUAAUUAG